AUGUACCCAGAUAAACUUGAUUUUAUGGAGCAGCACAACAAGAACAAAGAUUAUUCUGGCUAUCAAAAUUUAAAAGCAAGUAUUGAAAAGAUCAAAGCCACCAUCAUGGGCCCACAUGAAAGUCCUUACCAAGGAGGUGUUUUCUUCCUGACCAUCCACUUUCCUACCCAUUACCCUUUCAAAGGUUACUUUCACUCACGACCAAAAUAUCACGACCCCAAUAUCAACAGCAACAGCAGCACAUGCCUGGACAUCCUGUGGUCACAGUGGUCUCCUCCACUGACUGUGUCCAAAGUUCUCUUGUCCACCUGCUCUCUGCUCUGCACCCCCAACCCUGAUGACGGUCUGGUACCAGAAAUAGCCCACAUCUACAAGGCCUGCAGAGAGAAGUACAAGGGACUAGGAGGAGCUUGGGCACAGCGAUAUGCUAUGUAA